UUUUUUUUUGCGCAAGACGGGGCGGACCACAAGCGACUUUGGGGAAGAAGUUCGGUUUGACUUUUAUGUAGCCAUGUGAUUGUCUAGUGACACUUUAGUGACACUUUUAUUAUUCUUCAUUUCUUGUUUGAUUUUGGACUUUGUUUUACGCACAUGUAUCCCCGUGCAAAAUGUUUUGGUACCAGCAAGGACUAUGUAUUCUUCCAGUGAGUCUGAUCGUUUUUUCAUCUGCCACCUUUAUAAUUAACUACAUUAUUGCUGUAUGGAGACAUGAUGUUGAUGUUAUCCUCCCUUACAUAAGCGACACAGCAGUCAGUCCUCCAGAAAGUUGUCUUUUCGGCUUGAUGACAUUUAUUUCGGCUUGUGCAGGUGUUUCUACCAUGUAUGCCAUGUACAAGUAUAUGGCAAAGCUGGGUGAGGACACGGGGACCAUCAGCACUUGUUGUAACAAAAGUGCUUUUGGACUCGGCCUCAUCUCCUGUUUGGGCAUGUGCAUCGUUGCAACUUUUCAGGAAACUGCUGUGGCAUCCGUUCAUCUAAUUGGAGCACUGCUUUUUUUUAUUUGUGGAGUAUUUUACAUCGGUGCUGAGACUUAUUUAUCGUAUCGCUCAUCCCCCUAUGGAACCUCCCUUUUUAUAUGUCAUACACGUUUGGCUAUCAGUGUAAUUGCUUCUGUGUUUUUUAUCCCCACUGUAGUUUGUAAAUUCCUUGAAAAGGAUCCCUUUCUCCAAAAGACAAGUGCUGCAUGUGAAUGGAUUGUUGCCUUCAGCUUUAUCAGUUUCUUCUAUACCUAUAUCCAUGAUUUCAAACGAUUUACAUUGAAAGUCAGAACUGUUUGUGGAACUGAAACCUAACAAUGGGUGGACAGUGCCUCGUGUACUUUAUUACAGUAUUACUCCACUUUUGUGCAAAUAGAUAAUGGCUAAAAGUUGAAUAUGAAUUUCAUAUUUGCCAUCAGUUACACUCAUUAAUAUACUUCGUGAUUGUAUGGUUGUGUUAUCCUGCAUCCAGCAUACUACUCUGCUUGCUUUAAUUACGUUUUGUUUUGUUUUUUUGCUAAAGUAUGUACUGUUUAACUGUGCCACCUGUAUUUUCAAACCAUCCAUUUCAUUUUAGAUCUGUAAUAUCGCUUGUAAUAAAUUAAACUGUAUUUUUAAGUUUUA